AUGUCACGACUUCUCACUCUCUCCCGCUCCGCGCGGGUUUCUUCCCUCCCAGCUCAUGUCUCUCAGCGACGAACCGUCAUGAUGGGCGCCAUGGGUGCCUCGGCCACCCACGCGCCAAAAAAGGAGGGAGACAUCUCCUCCGUCUUCGUCUCGCUCUCGGGCGAAACCAGAGAACCGCUGGCACCACGGUUCCGCGUGUUAAAACAGGACCUGGUGGCGGGCCACGAGGACGCCGUCGUCAAGUCCUGGGGCAGACUGCUCAGGUCGCUGAGGGAGGAGAACGAGAUCAUCGCCGCCAACGGGCCCGGUAUCAUCCCCAGUAUCGAGUUUAGCGACUUGAAGAACGACUUGGAGAGGUUAAAGGGGGAGAUUAAGAAGCGCGGUGCCGUUGUUGUCCGGGGGGUUGUUGAUGAAAAGGAGGCUAGGGGGUAUAAAGAGGAAGUCGAGAACUACGUCCGCAAGAACCCUUCCACAAAAGCUUUCCCCGCGGAUAACCCCCAAGUAUACGAGCUCUACUGGUCUCACCCCCAGCUCAAGGCCCGCGGCCACCCCAACCUUCUCAAGGUGCAGUCGGCGCUCAUGCGCGACCUCUGGAACAAGUCUCCCUCCGCCGCCAUCUCCCUGCAGCCGCUCACCUACGCGGACCGCCUGCGCAUCCGGCAGCCCGGCGACGCGACGUUCGCUCUCGGCCCGCACAUUGACGGCGGCUCGCUCGAGCGGUGGGAGCGCGAAGGCUACGGCAAGACGGGCACCUACGACGCCGUCUUCCGCGGCGACUGGGAGUCGUACGACCCCUGGGAGGUCAGCGCCCGCGUCCACGCCGUCCAGGACCUGUACAACGGCGCCGGCGCCUGCAGCAUGUUCCGCAUGCUCCAGGGCUGGCUCAGCAUGAGCUCCGGCGGCCCCCGCGAGGGCACGCUCCUCGUGAACCCCCUCGUGCGGCACACCACCGCGUACCUACUCCUCCGCCCCUUUUUCCAGCCGUUGAGGGAGGACGUGGAAGGCGACGAGUUCCUCAGGGAGGACAACUGGGCGUUCACCGCCGCCGAGAACAUGACUUCCGAGCUGCACGGCGCCACGGCGGGCCACUGCCAGGAGCUGACGGGCAAGUUGCACCCGCACUUGGAGCUGGGCAAGACGAUGGUUCAUGUGCCGCCCAUCAAGCCCGGUGAUUUCGUGGCGUGGCAUGCGGACUCGAUUCACGCGGUCGAUACGGUGCACGAGGGCAAGGGGGAUUCGAGCGUCAUGUAUAUUCCCGUGUGCGCGUUGACGGACCAGAACGUGUGGUAUUUGAAGAGGCAGAGGGAGGCGUUCUUGCAGGGUCUGCCGGGACCGGAUUUCCCCGGUGGAAAGGGCGAGAGCGAGCAUGUUGGAAGGCCCGGAGAGGAGGCGAUUGUUGGUGCUGAUGCAAGGAGGGCGAUGGGUUUGGAGAAGUUGAUUGUUGCUGGGGAGGGCGAGGGUGAGCGGGCUCUGAUUGAGAGGGCGAAUAAGUAUUUGGGUUUCUAG